GGAGUUUCUGAUCAACGUUACAAUGAAUAACAAUACGUGUUAUGCCAUAGCAAUCCCAGCUAUGGUGGUGCUUUUGCUGGCUAUGUGUGAAGCCACUUCAGGGUUAACACAAGCUGAUGCUCUUCUUAGGUGGAAACAAAGUCUACCUGAUCAACCCAUUCUGGAGUCGUGGGUGAUCAACUCCACUGCAACAACUCAAACUCCAUGUUCAUGGCGAGGUAUCACGUGUGAUUCCCAAGGCACUGUCACUGUCAUAAACUUGGCUUAUACUGGACUUGCAGGUACCCUUCAAAAUCUCAACUUGUCUGUUUUUCCAAACCUUCUUCGUCUUGAUCUCAAAGUAAACAAUCUCACUGGCACCAUACCACAAAACAUUGGGGUGCUCUCAAACCUCCAGUUUCUUGACCUUUCCACCAACUUUCUCAAUGGCACUCUGCCUCUUUCCAUUGCCAAUCUGACUCAAGUUUUUGAGCUUGAUGUGUCGAGAAAUGAUGUAUCAGGGGUAUUAGACCCUUCCCUGUUUCCUGAUGGAUCAAACAGCCCCAAAAGUGGCCUCAUUGGUAUCAGGAACCUCCUCUUUCAGGACACCCUGCUGGGUGGCAGAAUCCCAGAUGAAAUAGGGAACAUUAGAAACCUGACUCUUCUAGCUCUUGAUGGAAACAGCUUCGAUGGCCCUAUUCCGCCUUCUCUUGGCAACUGCACGCAUUUAAGCAUUCUCAGAAUGCCUCAAAACCAACUCUCAGGGCCAAUACCUCCCAGUAUCGGUAAAUUAACCAAUCUAACCGAUGUUCGCUUUUUCUCCAACAACUUAAAUGGUACUGUUCCCCCAGAAUUAGGAAACUUGUCUUCCUUGAUUGUGCUGCAUCUUGCUGAGAACAACUUGGUUGGUGAGUUACCACCAGAAGUGUGCAAAAGUGGGAAACUUGUAAAUUUUAGUGCAGCCUUUAAUAGUUUCACUGGCCCUAUUCCAAGAAGCCUUAGAGACUGUCCAUCCUUGUACAGGGUUCGACUUGAAUACAACCGGCUGACAGGUUUUGCGGAUCAGGAUUUUGGAGUGUAUCCCAACCUCACUUACAUGGACUUCAGCUAUAACAAGGUGGAAGGUGGUAUUUCUGCAAAUUGGGGUGCCUGCAAAAGCUUGCAAUUUCUCAACAUGGCUGGAAAUAGAGUAAGUGGUUACAUUCCAGGUGAGAUUUUUCAGUUGGACCAACUACAAGAGCUCGACCUAUCCUCCAACCAAUUGUUAGCACAGAUUCCACCACAGAUAGGAAAUUCCUCCAACUUGUACAACUUAAAUUUAAGUCACAACAAUCUCUCUGGUGUGUUACCAGCAGAAAUUGGAAAACUUUCCAGUUUGAGGUCCUUAGAUCUGUCCAUGAACGUGCUGUUCGGAUCAAUCCCAAAGCAGAUAGGUGACCUCUCCUACUUGCAAAAUUUAAAUCUAAGCUACAACAAAUUCAAUGGCACAAUCCCCUACCAAAUUGGAAACCUGGCAGAUUUACAAUAUUUUUUGGAUUUGAGUUACAAUUCUCUUUCAGGAGAUAUUCCCGGUGAUAUUGGCAGGCUUUCAAAUUUGAUAAGCUUGAAUAUCUCUCACAACAAUAUUUCAGGUUCCAUCCCUCACUCUCUAAGUGAAGUGCUGAGUUUGUCAGAAAUCAACCUCUCCAACAAUAAUUUGGAGGGUCAAGUUCCCGAAGGUGGCAUAUUCAACUCUUCUUAUUCCCUGGAUUUGAGCAACAACAAAGAUCUUUGUGGCCAUAUUCGAGGUUUGCGUCCUUGUAGUGUCUCUGUCUCCAAACCUGACGGUGGAUCAAGUAAAAGAAACAAGGCUGUGAUCACCAUUGCAGCUUCCCUUGGAGGUGCUCUUUUUAUUUCUCUGGUGUUAGUUGGGAUUUUCUGCUUUAGCUACAAGAGAAAAUCAAGAGCUCAAAGGCAAAGAAAUUCGUUCAGUAGACUGAAUCCAUUUUCAAUCUGGUACUUCAAUGGGAGAGUUGUGUAUAGAGACAUAAUUGAAGCUACCGAGAACUUUGAUAGCCGAUAUUCCAUUGGGGAAGGAGCACUGGGGAAAGUUUAUAAAGCGGAGAUGGCAGGAGGUGAAGUAUUUGCUGUAAAAAAGUUGAAGUGUGAUUCAGAGAACUUAGACUUUGAGAGAAUAAAAUCCUUUGAGAAUGAGGUAAAAGCCAUGACAGAAACACGCCACAGAAACAUCGUGAAGCUUUAUGGAUUUUGCUCUCAAGGGGUGCACACCUUUCUAAUUUAUGAGUACAUGGACAGUGGAAACUUAUCUGACAUGCUUAGAGAUGAAAAGGGAGCAAUGAAACUGAAUUGGCACAAAAGGGUUGAAAUUAUCAGAAAUGUAGCAAGCGCUUUGUCUUACAUGCACCAUGAUUGCGCUUCACCUUUAAUUCACAGAGACAUAUCCAGCAAGAACGUUUUGCUGUCCCUCAAUCUUUCAGCUCAUGUCUCAGAUUUUGGAACUGCCAGGUUUCUGAAACCGGAUUCUCCCAUUUGGACAUCAUUUGCCGGCACAUAUGGUUAUGCUGCUCCAGAGCUAGCUUACACAAUGGCAGUGAGUGAGAAAUGUGAUGUGUUCAGCUUUGGCGUUUUGGCUUUGGAGAUUCUUACGGGAAAGCACCCUGGUGAUAUUGUUUCCUACAUGCAAAAUUGUAGUGAACAGAAAGUAAACAUGAAAGAGAUUUUAGACCCUCGUCUCUUGCCUCCUUCCAAGAAGCAUUUGAAGCAAGUUGAUUUGAUUGCUAACAUAGCUCUUUCAUGUUUAAAGACAAACCCUCAAUCUAGACCAAGUAUGCGAAGCAUAGAUCAGCUGCUUGAAAUGGAGACUGCAAACUUAUAAUAAGUUUUUUUUUUCUUUCUAUGGAGAUUUAAGAGACAACUUGUUAUAAAUUAGAGUGGUUUUAUAUGUGAGUUGUGCUUUGAAUAAUUCGUGGCUUAUAUAAGGUAAAGUUUUAGCUUGUUUAACGAAUCUGAGAAGAUGCAGAGAAAGUGUGGAUUAAACUAUA